CCGUGCAAAUCGAGGAGAGGGGGGACGGACAGGGCUGAUGGGGUCCAGCUUAGGGCCCCGGACUCCCCACUGAUGCUCUAUCCAGGCUGGGUGUCCCCAGCAUCGUGGGACCUGGAUUUGUGUGCACCGGGGUGGUUCCCAGGCCAGGAAGGUCUCUCUGGCAGGCCCUUGGUGCUCUCGUUUUGCGUGAGGACCCCCCUCGGAUGCUCUGAGCCACCCUCCUCAACCCGGAUCUAAAACCCGGGACACAGCUAUCAGGCCAGCCUCUCUCUCCACCCCACCCCCUCUUUCUGGCGUCCAUCCCCUCCCCAACACCACCUCUGCUGCUGCCUCUGGCUGUGGACCUGCACCUCUUCCCGAUCCCCGCCAGGCCCGGGGAGCGGGGUGAGCCUGGAUGAGAGCCCCCCCAACCUGGGGCUCUCCCAGGCCAUGGCCCGUGUGCUCCCAGGGAGGAGCCCCGGACCCUGAGCAUCUGCUGGAGGCUUGGCAGAGGCCCCGCGGGGACCGUGUCUUCUGAGGACAAAAGGCGGCGGCCAGCAGGCAGACGGAAGGGGGGGGUGGGGGGUGGGGGGGUAGGGGGACCGGCAGCCAGGCAGGCAGUCGGGUAGCAGGGGCCAGCACUGGCCCCCCUCCCAGCUUGGCAGUGGCAUGAAGAUGGGAGUGGGAGUGUAUAGUGGAGGAAGCACCUGCCGGGACCCCCACCUGCCAGCCAGUUGGACACCCCAAGGCUGUGUGCUGCCCACCUGGUGUUCCCCAACACCCCCAGCCCUACCCAGUGCACCCCUCCGGUGCCUGCUUUCCCUGAUGCCUGCGAUUUAGACCAGCCCGGCUGUAUCCACGGCAACAGAAGCAGGAGUGUCACUGGCCGCCAGAUCACUGAGGGUCCCACAAUGUGGCCCGAGCUGUGAUUUACCUGGGUGAGACAGCUUGAGCCCCCAUCGUGGAUUCCAAGACAUCGCUGCUGAGAGAGCCAAGCUCUCCUCUCUUAUCUCUGCCCCACCCCACUCCGUCUCUCUUUUUCUUUCUUUCCUGGCGUUAGCCCUCUCCCUCUCCCUGCUCUCCUUUUCUCUCUCUUGCUGUCUCUCUCUCUCUUGCUCUCUCUCUAUUUCUCUCCCUUCUGUCUGGCAUGCUGGUUUCUGUGUGUGUCUCUGUCUCUUUUUUCUCACUCUCAUUUUUACCCUUCUUCCCCUUUCUGUCUCUCUCUUCCUCUCUGUAUGUAAGGAUCUCUCCCCUUUCUCUGUUUCCCUGUCUCUUUCUCCCUCCUAUGUCUCCGUCUGUCUCUGUCACACACACCUCUCUCUCCUUCUCUCUCUCUGUGUCUCUCUGGCCUCUCUCUUAUAUUCAGUCUCUGUCUGUCUCUAUCCCUUUCCCUCUGCCUCCCCUUAAGGUAAAGGAGAAAGAAAGAAAGAAAGAGAAACAGAGAGAGAGAGAGAGAGGGAGAUUGUGUGUGUGUUUACAUUCACCCAGCUGCGGGCUGUUCCACAGUCUGAGGGGGCUGUCAGGCCUUGAAGGGCUGAAAGGGAGCCCACCAACCCCAUUUCUGCUCAGCCCCUGCCCUAGCACUUUCUAAGUGUUAGUUUGGCCUCCUGUCAUGGGCUCUGAGAUUUCACGGUGCCAUCAAAAAGCCUGGCUCGGGCGCAGUGGCUCAUGCCUGUAAUCCCAACAAUUUGGGAGGCCAAGGCGGGCGAAUCAUUUGAGGUUACAAGUUGGAGACCAGCCUGGCCAACAUGACAAAACCCUGUCUCUACUGAAAAUACAAAAAUUAGCCAGGCAUGGUGGCGCGUAUGCUUGUAAUUCCGGCUACUCGGGAGGCUAAGGCACGAGAAUCACUUGAAUCCGGGAGGCGGAGGUUGCAGUGAACUGAGAUUGUGCCACUUCACUCCAGCCUGGGCAACAGAGCGAGACUCUGUCUAAAAAAAAAAAAAAAAAAAAAAGGCCGGGCCCCAGGUGGCUGUGGCAGGCCAGGCUGGAUUGAACUGGAAAACCAUGCAGAGGGGAGACUUUUCCUGGGAGGGAAGGAGUAGGAAGACAUCCACUCAAGUUCCACCCACUAAUCCCAGCCCAGCCCCAGCAAUCAUCCUGAGUUUCCCCAGUUUCUGCCCAAUUGCCUCACUGCCUUCCCUCUGGGACCUGUGCUGUUACCUGGUCACAUCCCCACACUCCCGGAGCUCUCCUCUUUCCUGCAGCUUUGCUGCGCUGCUCUCACCGCCAGAUGUACCCCCAGGCUGCUGCUGUAGCUAAUCCUGCCUGGAUGUCUCCAGGGCGCCCUCUCUGACCCACAGACCCAGCCCAUUUAAUCCCUCAAUCAACUCAUUUGAUAUAUUGUCACUGAGAGCCUACCAUGAUGGGCUAUGUAGUGUUCUUUCAGAGGAGAGUCAGUGAGUCUUUAACUCCUGCCUUCGUGGAGCUUUCAUUCUGAUAGGACAAGGCAGGCAAUAAACUAAAAUUUAAAAGUAAAUUAUAUAUAUAUAUAAAAUUUUACAUAUAUAUAUAAAAUUUUACAUAUAUAUAUAAAAAUAUAUAGUGUGUUAGAAGAGAGAAAUUCUAGGAAGCAAAAUAGGGAGAGUGGCAUGGAGGGGGCAUUAUCUGUCACCUGGAUUGCUUCAGGGGCCUCUGAGUAGUCUCCCUACUUUUAUCAGCACCCCACAUGACCCCUGCUCUUCACAACGGCAAGUGGGAUUCUGUUCUAUCCUAGAUCAUACCACAUCUGGCCUCUGCUCAGAAUCCUCCCGUGACUCCCAUCUCAUUCAGAGGAAAAAGUUCUCGCCACGGCCUCCCUGAUCUGACCUCACCACCUUUCUGACCUCGCCUGCCACCACAUUCCCCUGACUCACUAUGUUCCACCCACAGUGGCUUCCUUGCUCUUCCUCAAAUAUGCCAUGUAGAGUCCCACCUCAGGGCCUUUGCUCUGGCCGUUCCCCCUGCCUGGACUUCUCUUCCCCGAGAUAUCCGCAUGACUCACUCUUUCACCUCCCUUAGGUCUGUGCUCAGAUGACACCUCCUCCGUGAAGCCUCCCCUGUCCACCUCAUCUAAAACUGCAGCAUCUUCCCCACCCCUAGCACUUCCUAUCUUCCUUCCCUCCUUUAUGUUUAUUCUUAGGAACUUGUCAUCAUCUGACAUAUAUACUUCACCCAUGUCUCUUCUUUGUUAUCUAGAAUGUCAGUUCCACAAGGGCCGGGAUCUUUAUCUGUGUAGUUCACAGCUGUAUCCCCAAUACCUAGAACAAUGCCUGGCACACAGAUCCUUGAUAAAUAUUUUUUCAGUGUAUGAAUGAAUAUGCACAAGCAUACCUACAUGUUUAUAUUCACACAUACUCGCCUCCUCACCUAAAAUAAAAACCAAAGUCCUCAUCGUGGCCCACAACCCUACCCAAUCUGGCCCCAAGGCACCUCUGUGACUUCACCUUCCACCACUGUCUCCCUUGCUCUUACCGUUCCUGCCUCGCUCAUCUUCCUGCUGUUCCUCUAGCAUACUAAACACAUUCCUCAUCAUGAAUAAAGAAAUCUAUUAAGUGAGUGGUACCAGCAUUUUAAGAACACAUGAAAGAGAAUAAAAAUGACUGGGGUACAUUGCAUACAGGUUCAGUACUGUUUUGUGAAACUUUUGGUUGAGCUGUGUGUGUGUGCAUGCAUGCAUGUGUAGCGGGUUGUGAUGUAAAAUGUAUUUUUUUACUAUGGGUGGCAGUAAAAAAAAGUCUGAACACAACCUUAGAGCUUUGCAAAGGGGGAGAAGAGCUGCAUCAACAUCCCUGCCCCACAGAUCCACCAAUGGAGGAAACAGGUAACCAAAGACAUCCAAAGAAAUGCAGCAUCCUCACCUGACAAGGAGCAGGUGCAAUGUAGCAGGACAACUCAUGGAGCCCCCCCGGGCCCAUCGAGUACCGGACUGGCUGACCCCCUAGGGUUGGCAGUAGCCCCUGACCCUCAGUAUGGCCAACACCACCGGAGAGCCUGAGGAGGUGAGCGGCGCUCUGUCCCCACCGUCCGCAUCGGCUUAUGUGAAGCUGGUACUGCUGGGACUGAUUAUGUGCGUGAGCCUGGCGGGUAAUGCCAUCUUGUCCCUGCUGGUGCUCAAGGAGCGUGCCCUGCACAAGGCUCCUUACUACUUCCUGCUGGACUUGUGCCUGGCCGAUGGCAUACGCUCUGCCGUCUGCUUCCCCUUUGUGCUGGCUUCUGUGCGCCAUGGCUCUUCAUGGACCUUCAGUGCACUCAGCUGCAAGAUUGUGGCCUUUAUGGCCGUGCUCUUUUGCUUCCAUGCGGCCUUCAUGCUGUUCUGCAUCAGCGUCACCCGCUACAUGGCCAUCGCCCACCACCGCUUCUACGCCAAGCGCAUGACACUCUGGACAUGCGCAGCUGUCAUCUGCAUGGCCUGGACCCUGUCUGUGGCCAUGGCCUUCCCACCUGUCUUUGACGUGGGCACCUACAAGUUUAUUCGGGAGGAGGACCAGUGCAUCUUUGAGCAUCGCUACUUCAAGGCCAAUGACACACUGGGCUUCAUGCUUAUGUUGGCUGUGCUCAUGGCAGCUACACAUGCUGUCUAUGGCAAGCUGCUCCUCUUCGAGUAUCGUCACCGCAAGAUGAAGCCAGUGCAGAUGGUGCCAGCCAUCAGCCAGAACUGGACAUUCCAUGGUCCCGGGGCCACCGGCCAGGCUGCUGCCAACUGGAUCGCCGGCUUUGGCCGUGGGCCCAUGCCACCAACCCUGCUGGGUAUCCGGCAGAAUGGGCAUGCAGCCAGCCGGCGGCUACUGGGCAUGGACGAGGUCAAGGGUGAAAAGCAGCUGGGCCGCAUGUUCUACGCGAUCACACUGCUCUUUCUGCUCCUCUGGUCACCCUACAUCGUGGCCUGCUACUGGCGAGUGUUUGUGAAAGCCUGUGCUGUGCCCCACCGCUACCUGGCCACUGCUGUUUGGAUGAGCUUCGCCCAGGCUGCCGUCAAUCCGAUUGUCUGCUUCCUGCUCAACAAGGACCUCAAGAAGUGCCUGAGGACUCACGCCCCCUGCUGGGGCACAGGAGGUGCCCCAGCUCCCAGAGAACCCUACUGUGUCAUGUGAAGCAGGCUGGUAGGCAGACAGGCAGAGAGAAGGUCAUGGCCACUGUGAUGGGGCCAACAGCAAGGGAGGGGUAGGGGCCCAUACAGGAGUCCUCCUUUCUGAGCUCCAGCCCCAGCCCCUCGAACCACCUGUAAUCUAGGCACCUUUGCCAACACCUCCCAAGGAUGGAGGACUAGGCGAGGGACUGGGAAAGAGGCAUAUUUAGUUUUGUGGGGCCUGUCUCCGCUGCCUCCUUCUCCACUUCUACAAUAUCAUUCUCUCUCUCUCUCUCUCAGAAGUGACAAUUCAGAAAAAGAAAAGAACACUGAGAAUGCAGGUUUUUCUACUAACAGCUGAGGAGACAGGCUUUCUCACUUUAAUGUCUCUCCUUCUGACACUGUCCAGAAGGGGGAAAUUUGUCCUGUAAAAUAGACUUCCAGAGCUUUUUUGCCCCCUCUGCUCCCAUUCACCCUCCCUUUCCAAGUCCUUUAGCAAGGCCCGGAUGUUUAGGGAGAAAGUGGUCCAAGGUUGCUGACAAGAGGGACCAAAGGGGGUGCUGGGUUCCCAGGGAGCAGGGAUGUUUAAUUACUAUGUCAUGUGCAAUGUUGUUUUAGGCCAACCCUUGCCGCAAGCCCAGUCUCUUCUCCCCACCAUGUCCAGACCUCCCAAAUGGUUCUUGUGCAUCUGUUGGAGAAGUCAAGGGAGUAGGGAGAAGGGCCCCAAGGAUGGGCCCAGGUUAGGUGAAGAGUAGCAUGUGAGCUGAACUCCUCGAACUGAAGAGACCCACACUUGGUCACAUUCUCUCACGCUGCCUUCAGCAUCCCCAGCCCCCAACUCUUCUUCCUGAGGGUGGAAAUCCACUGCAGCCCCACUAGGACUGAUGUGGGUGCCAUACAGGCGGGAGCAGCCCACCAGGAAAGUAUAGGGAGGGAGCUGAACUCUCCAGAGUAGCUGGGCCACAGAGACUUGGGUCAGAGCCGAUUUCAACCCCAGAAUUGUCUCUUGGGUUCACCCUACUCUUCUAAAGACGAAAAUUUGUUUGGGGCCUUGGUAACCAAUAGUGGUACAAACUCCAAGGCACUGUGGACUUGAGUCCAUUCCUAUCUGACCUCUUUUUGUCCCCCUCAAGCCUCAGGGGCCUCAAGCCCCUCCUUAGUAGCCCUUGGCUGACUGGGCCCUGAGCCCCAAACAUCCUUCUUCCCAACAACCCUCCUUCCCCUUCCUUCCCCCACCCUUACCUACACCCAAAGUGGAGCAGACUGCAGUCAGAUUCUCCAGGCGGGAGAUCCAAGCCUCCCUCCCGGGGGUGGAGUCCACUCUGGGCUUACUUCGAGGCCUGUUCUGUGGAUUGGUGAGCCAAGCUGGCACUCCUUGCCCGGGUCUUACCCAGGCUCUCUGUCCCCUUCUCACUUCCUGUGGGGCCGGAAUCUGUAUUUAUCCAUCCCCCUUUCCCUUCUUUAUAGAAGUCCCUGUCCUAAACUCCCUCCCUAGCCCAAGAGAGCCCCAGAACUGGGGAAGCCUGACCCAUACAGAAUGGGGAGGGCACUCUAGGCAGGAGAGACAUUAAUGAGCCUGGCUGCGGAGUGGCCCUGGAAAGGCAGGCCAGAGUGGCUGAGAGGCCGGGAGUGGGGGAGCCUGUUCUCUCAGCGAUAGUGAUGGGGGUGCCUUUCCGAGGGGGUGGGGUGGGAAGACCAAGGGGUGGGGGGUACAUAGGGUACAUUCAGGAGGGUUUUCCUCCAUUUCUUUUUUCUAACUGCCUGGAUUCACCAUUGGAUUUUGUAAAUGGAAAAACUGAAAUGAACAAUGCUAUAUUGGAUGUUUUCUCUUUCUGUGUGUGUGUGUGUGUGUGUGUGUGCGUGUGCGCGCAUGUGUCCUGUCUGACCACAUGUGGUGAGACAUGAUUGAGUGAUAGUGUGUGUCUGUGUGACUUUGUGUGGGGAGGCACUCCUGAGGCAAACUUGCCCAGUGCACACACGUAAACAAAUGCCUGUAUUAUGGGGACAGAUACAGCACGUGCAUGCAUGCAUGCACACACACACACACACACACACACACCACAGUUGAGAGGAGACAAACUAGAGUAUGUGCCCGUGGUAGGAAGUAGAGUGGUCAAGAGACGGAUCUUGGAAACUACAUAGGUAGGUAGCAAGAGGGUAGACUCCCAUCUCACAAGAUGGGCCUUCCUUGGCCCAGGCCCUGAGCACAGGAGGGCUGGGGCCACCAGGGUACUUGAGAACCUCAUCUCCUCACAAAGCCUGUAGCCCUAUCUGAACUCCGUCUCAGUCUCCUUCCCAAACUCAAACAAGGUGUUCCUAAAAUUGGACCACCUUGGAGAAUGGGGACUGGGAAUUGAGGAUCCAAUGUGAGGGAAACUGAUGGGGUUAGGAAAUGCCCCCUACAAAGUAAUGGCUUCUGGAGGGACUGCUCAGUCUGGGAUGGGAGCCCUUCCUAGGGGCCACUGUAUGCAGCUGGGACUUUGGUUAGCUUUGACCAAAUUUAGAGGGAGGGAUGUCAUGGGGAAAAAAAAACCCAAGCCCAGGAGUCUACCCAGCCAGACUGCUCCCUAGACAGUUAAUUUACUAUCUAGUUAUUCUCUCAGGUGCACAGAAUUGAGUUGACCAUACUCCUCAGUUCUUGGCACACUAUAUCAUCGUUGGUCCAUGUGAGGCCCUUUUAUUUUUUUUUCUUCAGUUUUGUCCCCUUCAUCACCCAUUCCUGAUCCCAUCCUCCCCGCCCCCUACAUAGGCACCCACUCUUGUGUAUUUAACGUACGUCCUUCCAAUCCACCGUUCAUGUGUUUAUUUACAUAUAUGUGUAUCUGUGAAAAAUGUAUGGUAUUGCUGUGUUUUAAUUUACAUAAACAGUAUUGUACUAUAAA